AUGGCAGGUUUCUGGUCGCCGGGUUGUCUUUAUUUUCCUGCACCACCGAUGCUGGUUGCUCCGCCUUCCAAUUUCCUCGCCAAUCGCCCUCUCUCCAUGGAACAAUCCUUGACCAACCUUGGCCUCCAGAGCAACCGGCCAGGAGCGGCGUUUACCCGGCAGCACACGCUAUCGCUUCUCCAGAGCGACGAGUCGAUGACCUCCUUCCUUCUGAGCGAAUUGUUGAUGGCCCGGGACCGAAUGAUGGAACUGGAAUCGCGCCUCAAAAGAGCAGAGGAGGAGAGGGAGACGUGGCAGAGGAUCGCCAGGGAGCACGAGGCCAUGAUCGCAUCUCUGGAGCAACUCCGCGAGCCCUCCGUAGGCUCCUCGCCGGCCGCGGGCGACGCCGUCUCGUGCACCGGCCACCCAUUGGCGGUGGAGGAACCGAGGGAGGGAACGGGGAUGGGACUGUUCAAGGCCUGUGGGUCUCCAGAUUCGCACGUGCUGCCGCUUCCUGGCACGUAUCGCUGUGCCUACGAGCUCUGCGCGGCUUUCCUCGGCCCCUGCCCCCACCGUAAACGGUAG